AUGGUGUACUAUUUCAAGUCGUCGGUAGUCGAUCCCCCGGCCUUUAUUUACGUCGGGAAGGACAAGGUUGAGAAUGAGGAUCUAAUCAAGUUUGGUUGGGACGAGGAUUUUCACGUUGACAACCUCUCGAGUGCCCAUGUCUACCUGCGAUUAAAACCUGGUGAAUCGUGGACCUCGAUUCCCCAGGCGUUGCUUGAAGACUGUGCGCAAUUGACCAAGGCCAACUCGAUUGAAGGCAACAAGAAAGACAAUAUUACAGUCAUCUACACGCCUUGGUCGAAUCUGCGAAAGGACGCCUCGAUGGCUACCGGUCAAGUAUCGUUUCACGACCCCAAGAUGGUGAAGAAGGUCCACGUGGCGGUGAGACAAAACCCCAUCGUCAACCGACUGAACAAGACUCGACAAGAGCGGUUUCCAGACCUGAGAGCGGAGCGGGAGGCAGACCAGAGAGAGAAACGCAAGGCAGAGAGGAUGGCACGGGAAGAGCAGAAGGCGAAAGAUCGCGACGAGAGACAGCGACGGGAAGAGCUCCGAUGGCAGAAGGAUCAUGCGUACGACGACAUGAUGCGGGAGGAGAACAUGGUGAGCAACCAGGACCGAGACCCGUCGUUCUUCGAGGACGACUUUAUGUAG